AUGGCCCAGCCCCGAGCAACCGCGCAGAACCAAAUAUGGACCGCUCCGGACCUUGCCAGCCUCAACUUCUCGGGAGACUGCAAUCUCGUGAAUGAGUUCCUUCACACUUGGUUCAACGUCGAUGCUGGCCGGCUGACAAACGUGCCGGAUCAUGUCGCUGACAACGCGACAUUCUGGGUCCCUCGAUCCUUGAGCGAGAUCAUCACCGACGCCUACUUUCGGCAAGCACUCCCUCAGCAAGAAAGGGCUAUCCCAACGAUGGGCGAUAUUCUCGAUUGGGAAUACCAACAGAGGGUAGCCUAUGCUGAGACAGUCAACUCCAUCGCAAGCAACAGCACAAACGCGACAUUCGCAAAUACCUUCCCGACAUAUUUCGAUCUUGUCAUCAACGACCCAGCUAACGCGUGCCCGUUUGUGGCAUGUGGUCUCAGCCCCCAGGCAGACCAGAUGGCAGACUUGAAUGGUCCAGGAAUCAACAUUUUUAUCCUUUUCCAGUCCUUCAUCCUCGCAGUGUUUGGCUUGAUUUCUGUCUACGAGUCUAUAAUGAGACUGUCCGGUCACCCAAAAGCCUGCCUCAUUCGUUUAUGCGCUUGCAUUCAGAGGGCACUCCCGAGCUUCGCCAUGGCGCUCACCAUUUCUGACAUUGCACUCCCCGUCGCACUUAUUGUCUAUUACCUGAGGGCUAGAGACGCAGGCCAGAUCUUUUACAAGGAUUUCAUCUUGACUCUGUGGCUCUCAGUCUCUCUUCUCAGCUCUUCCCUGCUUGUCUGCCGAGUCGGGGCGUGUCUACGACAGGUUGCCCGACUCCCGGUCGCCUGUCCGUUCCAGAAUUCCCCACAAGCGCCUCCAAAGUCACAAUGCUUCCGCAGCCAGCUCUUUGUCGAUAAGCCGAAAGCCUGGCUUUUACUGAAAGUUCUCAACACUGACCGCACCAGGGCAGCAGGUCUUGGAGGCCCCCAGCUCGCAAGUCUGCAUCAUGUGUCGAAGCCUGAUCAGGCGGCAGCAGAGGCAUCUUUCAAUCUCGGCAGUCUUGCGCGUCUGCGACGUCAUUCUUCUCAGCUUCGCUUCGGCUGUGCCGCUCUACUUCUACGAGAGAGCUCGGUUCGAGAGGCUGUCUGGGCUAGGAGUCAGCCCAAUCCGGGAUGGUUGGACCUUGGGUCAGAUCGUCGCCGUGUCGGCUACGCUUCCUGUUAUCUUCGACUUCGUGCGCUCAUAGGUGUUCACGAUCUGGUAACCAUGUUGAUGCGGCAUGUUCGCACCUUUGGACUGGCAGCCCUUGCAGCGCUCGCUCCUCAUGCGGCGGCGCAAUUCCCAAAGCCGCCUGAAGGUGUCACCAUCUUGAAAUCCAAGUUCAAUAGCAACGUGACCAUCAGCUACAAGGAGACGGGCCUCUGCGAGACCACCGAGGGCGUCAAGUCUUUCUCCGGGUACAUCCAUUUGCCGCCGGGCACACUGCAUGACCAGGACCAGGAUUAUCCCAUCAACACCUUCUUCUGGUUUUUCGAGUCUCGCAAAGACCCCCAGAAUGCGCCACUGUCGAUAUGGAUGAAUGGCGGGCCUGGCAGCUCAUCCAUGCUUGGCCUUCUCGUGGAGAAUGGCCCCUGUUUUGUGAACCCGGACUCCAACUCUACCAGGCUUAAUGAGUGGUCUUGGAAUAAUGAAGUCAACAUGCUCUAUCUUGAUCAGCCAGUACAAGUCGGCCUCUCGUAUGACACGCUAGCCAAUUACACCGUAAACACAUUCACUGGCGCCACGACCAAACUUAAAGACAACGAGCCAAUUCCGGAGCAGAACGCCACAUUUUUCACAGGCACGUUCCCCAGCAACAACCGCAAUCGUACUUCUCAGGGCACCCAAAACGCCGCCGUGGCCUUGUGGCACUUUGCACAGGUUUGGUUCCAGGAGUUCCCGGGAUACCACCCCAACGACUCCCGCAUCAGCAUCGCGACGGAGUCCUACGGCGGUCGCUACGGCCCGGCCUUCGCCGCCUACUUUGAGGAGCAGAACCAGAAGAUCGAGAAUGGCACCUGGCACGGCCAACCGGGCGAGAUGCACAUUCUCAACCUGGACACGCUGCUGAUCAUCAACGGCUGUGUUGAUCGCGAGCUGCAGUUGCCGUUCUACCCCGAGAUUGCGGUGAACAACACGUACGGCAUCGCUGCGGUGAAUGAGACUAUCUACAAACAGAUGGUCGACGCCUGGACCAAGCCCGGCGGUUGCCGUGACAUGAUCAACGAUUGCCAUGCAGCGUCUGUGGUUGGCGACCCUGAUGAUACUGGCAAGAAUGCAACCGUCAACAAGAUAUGUUCCCAGGCUGAGGAUUACUGCUCCACCGAGGUUCGCGGCCCUUACCUAAGGUACUCGGGCCGGAACUACUAUGACAUGACACAGCUCGAUCCCGAUCCGUUCCCGCCUCCGUUCUACCAAGGCUGGCUCAACCAGCCGCACGUCCAAGCUGGUCUCGGUGUGCCUCUGAACUGGACCCAGAGCUCCGGUGCCGUGUCGGCUGCCUUCCGGGGGAUCGGUGACUAUCCCCGCCCUGGGUGGCUCGAUGACUUGGCCUUCCUCCUCGAGAACGGCAUCAAGGUGACGCUCGUCUAUGGCGACCGAGACUAUGCGUGCAACUGGCUCGGCGGGGAAGCGGUCAGCCGGGCGAUAAACUACACCCACACCAAGGACUUCAAUGCGGCCGGGUAUGCCUCCAUCCAGACGAACGCCAGCUUGGUCGGAGGCCAGGUCCGGCAGUACGGCAAUCUCUCCUUCUCACGGGUGUACCAAGCCGGCCACGAAGUUCCCUCAUAUCAGCCCGAUACCGCGUAUGAGAUCUUUAUGCGGGCGCUCUUCAACAAGGACAUUGCGACUGGCAAGGUGGAUACGCUGGCCAAUGCCUCGUACGCCACCGUGGGAAGCGUCAACACUUUGGAUGCCAGGGACACACCGCCGCCCCAGUACCAGCACUUCUGCUACUCUCUUGACGAGGCGACCUGCACGGAGGAGGAGUGGAAACGCUUGGCUGAGGGUAAAUUGACGGUCAAGAACUGGAUUGUUGUCGACAAGAACUCGACAGAGCUAUUCCCGAAUGUUGUCGGGAGUGACAGCUCGACCCCCACCCCGUCCUCGGGAUCCAGUUCGACCUCAACAUCGCGGCCAUCGACAGGCACUCCGAAUGCCGGAGUGAGGCGGGACAAGUUUGAUCAUGGACUGCUCCCUGCGGCUCUGGUCGUAGUAGGCCUUUUCGCAUUCUAG